AUGGCUUCGAACACAGAAAAAGCAAAAACAAUAGCUCAUUUUUUGAUCUUGGCUGUUUCGUUGGCUUUAUUGGCAAUCAGUAUAAUCACAUUGGUCAAUGUCAAUAAUAACAAUAAAGAUCAUGCCCGUACAACGCCAGGUACAACUAAUCCAAGUAAUGAUCAAAGUAUGUUUUUUGUAAAAUUAAUAGUCUCUAAUGGUAUUAUAGUAAAACGCCAUAUAACAAACUUUUUAAAAUAAUUGUGGUUCGUAAGUUUAUAAUGAUUAAGUUUAUUAAUUGUAAAGAAUGUUACUAUGCUGUAAAAUUAUAUAUUAUACUGCCCAAUUCCUUUUAGCAACCACACCCCGUCCACACACUAAUAUGAAUAUUCCUAAGCCAAAAGUAGUAGAUUCUGUAUCUCAACCAGAUCUUUUCAAAGCCUACAAAAGUUUUUCGGAUGAUCUGACAGCUUCCAUGAACUUUUCGUACGACCCAUGCAACAACUUCUACGAGUAUGUUUGUGGUAACAAGCCUAGAAGUAGCUUUGAUAUGGCUGAUGAACACAACGCCAAAAUGAUACUCAAGGGUUUGGACAGAAGUGGAGUAAGUUUGAGUUACAACAGAAUAUUAAACUGUUGCUCUAGAUGGCUCGUAUGAUAUGAAUGUUUUCAGAAUCGUCCCUACGCCGAAAAGACGAAACAGGCCCUCAAGAUCUGCGUGGAUUCAUACAAGAACAAAGAGAAGAUCCAUAAGAACGGAGAAGCGAUCAAAGAAGUGGUCGAAUUCGCCAAGACCAUUGGACUCAAGAUUCCGAUCUUUGGAGACAAAGUAACUAGUAUUGGCCCAACUGAAUUGGGAGAAUUAGUAGCUCGAAUCUCGGCUCAUUUUCAUGUAAAAACAUUUGUCGAUUAUCACGUCGACACUAAUUGGCCUCAUCCCACACCAGAAAAGAAACACCACACCCCUGCCUAUCGGCUGUUUAUUGACCAACCGGUUACCUACUAUCCCGAACUGUUUUACAGAAAAAUCUUCGAUGAUAUUAAGCCAAUUUAUGCAAAAAAGAUCAAGAAUGUGGUUCUACAAGCUGCCAAACUCGUUGGUGUUGAUGUUAAUGUACAUGAUCUGGAAGAGGAUAUUGAAGAAGUGAUCAAGUUAGAGAAGGAAAUGGCUGUAGAUGUCAAUACAGACAAGGUUACUAGAAGAGAUUAUGGAAGGUACAAUAUUUUAAAUCAUUUCUUAAUAUUUGAACAAAAUUAUAGUCAACAUGGUUUGGCCAUGCCUGUAGCUAGAGGUGAGAAGCCAUGUAGGCCCGGCCCUACGAUCGGGCUGGCCCGUUUCACACCCCUAAAUGUAGCAAUAUGUUUGUGACAGAGCAAUCUUUUGUCGGCAAUUCAAACAAAGAAAUAUUAUAGAAAGGAACACUUGACUCGACAGUCAGACAUUACACAUAAGAAAAUAAAAUUAAAGAAUAUAUAACUCCUCAGAAGUACGAAUUCGACAAAUUGUUUUUUAAAACUUUAUUACCGUUUUUUUUAAAUAUUUUUUUUUCUCAUCUGUACAUUUUUAGAAGUUUUAACGUCGUCACCUCAGAAAGCCUUGUAAGUUACUUCAUCCAAUACACAGACUUCUUGACAGAAGUUAGCCGAAUUGAGACCUCAGGAGAAAUCCACAGUUUGGUUUCUAAUCUUAAGUAUGAAGUUAUUAAUAUGGAACCAGACGGUUUGUUUAAAUUGGCAGACUACUGGUGGGAUAAAGAUGACAAGUUUAUCUACAACUAUCUCUUCUACCGCAUCCUAUUGCAAUUUGAAGAAUACUUCCCGGAGCAAACAGAGAAAACAGUGAUCGACACUUUACUAUCAAAGAAAUAUGGUCAUAAGUGGGGAUUGGAAGACGAUUUGAAACAUAAAUUGCCACAAUUCCAACGAAAAGACUUUGGAGAGGAUAAUAUUGAAGAAAAAUGUUUGGAAAAGAUUGUGGUGUUGAUGCCAGAAGCGACCAGUCGAUUGUUUGUCGACGGAGUCUUCUUGAAUCAGAAGGAGAAGGAGAUUAUGAAGAAGCAGGCCUCGCAGCUGGUUUCUAAUGUCUUGACUGGAUUUCAGGUAACACAAUAUUAAACUUUAAAAAAUUUUGUGUUUUUUAUUUAACAAAGUGAAUAAUUUGUAAAUCAAUUUUUAUCAGAUGUGAUAGUUAAAUAGUUCUAAGUACCCGAUAUGUGUAAUAUUUUUAGGCUCAAAUAGACGAGCUCAACUGGAUGUCACAGGAAUCGAAAGAAAGUGCUUAUGAGAAGAUUAGGUAUUUAACACGGAAUAUUGCUUACCCAGAGUGGGUUGAUGACGACGAAAAGUUGAACGAAUUCCACAAAAACCUGUACCUAAUGGGUGAGUUUUUAAUGAAAGAGAUAAAGAAUAUUAAAAAUUUUUAAAAUAAUGUUUGUGGUCUUUAAAGUGACGUUUGUAUGUCUUAUAUAUUCCCACUAUAUUAUCUACUUUCAGAUGAUAUGGACUACAAAGACUUCGAAGAUACUUUCUUUAGAUGGCGUCGCGAGAAGGAAUGGGAACAGCUGCUUAUGAACUCAACCGACCGGUCGUAUUUCGGUCGAUCAGCUGUGAUGGUCAAUGCGUGGUAUCAAGGAGGUCGCAACUCUAUCACUAUGCCAUUUGGUAUCUUCCAGCGGCCGUUUUACGACCCGAACUACCCAGCUGCUAUAAAUUAUGGAGCUGUUGGAGUAGUCGCUGGACAUGAACUUACACAUGGUUUUGACGAUCAGGGUGUUCAAUGGGAUGGAUAUGGUAGAUUGAGGACUUGGAUGGAUGAUCGUACCCGGGAGGGUUUCAAAAGGAUGGCGCAAUGUGUUAUCGACCAGUACAGUAAUUUUAAGCCGUUGGAUGAUCUGAAUAUUAAUGGACAAAUGACUCAAGGAGACGACAUUGCAGACAAUGGAGGUAAUGCUUAUUAUGUUUUUAAAGGUAUCAAUAAAUUAGUGUAAUUAAAAUUGUUAUAGGGUUUUAAAUUAAAAAAUGUAGUAUAUGUAAAACCAGUUAAUAUUACUUAUCUUCUAGGUAUCAGGGCAGCUUACAACGCUUUCCAAGCUCAUAUGGAGUUAUUAGGCCAAGAUCCGCGCCUUCCAGGCCUACUACAAGGUUUCACCCCCGAACAGAUGUUCUUCAUUGCUAAUGCUCGAGUUAGUUGUGAAGAAGAGGUUCCAGAUGAUGUAAUGAGAAAGUUCUUGUUAACCGACUUACAUUCACCAUCGAAGUAUCGUGUUCUUGGUCCAUUGCAGAACUUCCCAGCUUUUAGAACGGCUUUCAACUGUCCUAUUGGAUCGACAUAUGCUCCAAGACAACAUUGCAACGUGUGGGCUUCUAAAGUCGAAGCUGGUGAGGGUUUUUUGUUAACAGUGCGUAGAAAUAUAAAAAAAAGACUUUAUUUAUAAUGAGCUUGAAACUUAGUUUGAAAUUUUUAAAACAAUAACAAUUUUCAGGCAGGGGAAUUCCCAUUGUACCUAAUUUUGCUCCAACUGUGAAUAUUGAAAAGCCGGUUGUCAACAAUACAAAACAGUACAAGUAUAUUGCGUCAGGAUGGACGGAGAACUUGUACCUGGACGGCGAUACCUGCAAAGACUUCCAUUCCUACUCAUGUGGUGGUAAAAGUGACUUUAGUCCAUUAGAAGAGGCCAAGAACAAGCUUCAGAAGGCUGUUGUUGAUAAGAUUAACGGAGAGGAGUUAGAAGUAAGAGCUUCUUUACUCGUUAACAUACUUGUCUUGCACUCGAUUUUCUAUUUUUAAGAUUUUUGAAUGAAUCUAUAGGCUUUAUAUCUUAUUUUAUUGAUAUUGUUUCAGUUUCCGCAAUCUCUAGCUCAGUCAAUGUUCAAGACUUGUGGUUCUACAAAAACCACUAACGGCACGGCUUUUGUGGGCAUGUUUAAGUAUUUUGAAAUGGUCUUGGGCAUACCAUUUUUACCAGCAAACGCCACCAUAAAUCCUACAGAUCUGGGCCGAGCUUUAAGUAUUCUCUCAUCUGGCUACGGUGUUAACGUGCUGUACUCAGUAGAUGUUCGCCCAAGUGUUGGGAACAGAAACCUAGAGCCGGGCUACAAACUGCAGUUGGGUGCUCCAGACUUCUUGUACGAUAAGAGCGUCUACUUGACUGGAGAUACGUCGCUAAGUCUUGCUAGUAACCUCGCUCUAGCUGUUGUACGAAAACUAGCUGCUGUACUACCUGACCUACAACAACGUGACUACGACGAGGUGGUGGCAGCGGUGGAACAAGCAUUGUACUUUGAGCAUCCGCUGGGUGUUGUAUUCAACAGAAACAACUCUAGAGUUGAAGGUCAAAAGGAAUACAAGCUACAGGAACUGUACGAUACAGAGUACGGUAAACUUCUGCGAAUUGAAUUCUUAUUAAAAGACCUCAACGGAAUUUAUAAAUCGUUACAUAACAGUAGUUUUAUUACCGAAGACACAAAGAUUGUGGUAGAAAAUGAAAAGGUAUUUGAAGCGUUGACAAGCUUCUACAAGAGAAUCUACAGUAGCCAAGAAAACACGGUAAACUUUGUUAACCAUCUCUACAUCAGGUUGUUCUUGAGAUACCAACAUCUGAUUCCAGAACUUUUCGACGUGUCAUCUGACAUUGUUCCGGUGUAUAAAGAACGAUUAUACGAUGACAUAGACAAGAAUGUGGAGAAGACAUGUUAUCAUGAAGUCAAGGACACAUUGCCACCGCUUUUUGCUAAUAUUGCUGUAAACAAUGUUUACGAGAAUGUAGACGAAUUUAAGAAGGUUAGAAGCGAGGUUGGAACAGUUGUACAAACGGUGGUUCAGAGCUUCGAAGGGUUGAUUAACGGAUUAUCGUGGAUGCCAGUAGAAGAUCGUGACAAAUUCGUGCGGAAGUUAAGAGGAAUCGCGAGAAAUAUUGGAGUGAACGAUGAGUGGCUAGACAAUGACAAGCUGAAGGAGUAUUACAAGGAAUUUCUAGAGCCUAACACGAUGUCGUAUGUUUUUGCUUUUUUGAAUUUUGCUUUUUUUAUUUAAUAUUUAUUUGUGAUUUUAAUUUUUUAAGAAAUCAUCCCAAGGCUUUGGAUUCUCUUCAACAGAAUAUCUUACUGUCAUUGUUAUCUAAUACAAGUGCUCCUCUUCCGUUCCCGAACACCUUAGACUACUGGUUUUUGAGUUCCAACCUUUUCAAACGAGUUCAAAGCCUAAACAAACUGUCUCUAACUCAAGUGAGACGAAGUGAGAUUGCUGAAAAUCAUAAUUUGAAGGUUACUGUAGAUUACGAAAGGAACUCCAUCAAUAUUCCACUAGAAUACCUACAAUCUCCAUACUACAGUAAAGACAAUCCACAAGAAUUUACUUUCAGUACUUUGGGAGUCGAGAUUGGCAGAGCAUUAGGACAGCUUGUAAGCACGGAGGGAUUACAGUACAACGAAAAAGGAGAACUGGAGUAUUGGCUAGGGCAAGAUACUCUCAAGAAAUUGGUUGACAAGUAUGAACACCUUUCGGAUUACUUUGAGAACAAAGAAGUGUUGGUCAGAGUGAUGAAAGACUUGUUUGUGGUCGAAAACACUGCCAUUUUAGUGGCCAAGAAGGCUUUGGACGAAUGGCACAGUGUGUACGGUAACGAUGGAAGUCUACCUGAUGAAUUCAUGCGAUUACUUACACCGGAACAAUUGUUUUACUAUGGAUAUUCACAAGGGUUCUGCAAGGAUGUACAACAACGCGCGUAUGUCUAUGGGAACAAACAGCUGCUGAACAAGUUGGUAGAUAACAGUAGAGACUUCCAGAAGAGCUACAAUUGCAAACAAGAGAAGAAUGCUACCGUCGUUGAUGUAAGUUAAGUCAGACGAUUUUAAAUGUUAGAUUAAUAUUUAAAAAUGACUAAAUUAUAAUUUUUCAGUUAUGGGAAUCCCCCGCCGACCCAAUAGUAGGUGUACCAGAUCUGCCCAAACUGGCUCCAUCCCUCAAUAUCAACAAGAAUUCUCCGGUAUCAAACAACAAGAACUACGAAGAAGUUGUCCAUCACCUCUCAACCUCACUCGACGUCCGCCAAGACCCCUGCAAUAACUUCUACGAGUACACGUGUGGUCGAUUGAGUGAAGAAACCGUAUUUGAAAGGGUGGAACAGAACAACCUUGCUCGACUCUACUCUGAAAUCAUGAAGCCAAUGGCUCCAGAUGACAUUCAGCCAGUCCAGAUGCAAAAAGAGUUUGUCAGGACAUGUGUUAAUUACCACGAGAAUCCUAUGCAAGAUACGAAACCGGCGAAAGAAAUAACUGAAAAGCUGUUCAGCUACAGUAAGAUGCAUUUUGGCUUAUUAGAUGGUGUUUUUAACUAUACAACACCGUCACCGCUAGAAACCGGAAAGGCUUUGGGCUAUUUGUAUGGUACUUUUGGUACAAAUAGUAUAGUGACAUUGUCUCCUAUUGUGAACCUCAAACAUCCUGACCAAGGCUACACCUUCCACUUGAAGCCAGGAGGUCUGAUCACCGAAAGAAUGUUAAGAAACAACUAUCCUGACACUGCUGUGAUCGAAAGUCUUACCACACAUAUCCUGAAGUACAUCUCAAGUCAACGUAAAGUCAAUAUCAGAGAUUUCGCAAGGGUUAAAGCAGCAGCACAAGGUUACUAUGGUCUAGAGAAAGGGUUGUUUGAUGUGAUUAAGGAGAAGAAAGAGCUCAGGAAUGUGACAGAAAAGUACGAAAGAGUUACUAUUGGAGAGCUACAGAAAUGGAGCUACAGUAUCGACAUAGUUGGUAUGUUUGAAGGAGCACUGAACGAGUAUAAACAAAUUGUACCAAAGUUCCAAAGCAAGCACCAAGAGGUAUAUGUAGAUGAUUUGGAGUUUCUGAAGAAACUUCUGGCAAAGUUUGACCAACUGACAUUAGGUGAGUGAUGUUACAGUAAGGGUUGAGUCAUAAAAUAAUGGUUCUUUAAAAUAAGAUAAUCCCAAAAUUACUUUUAUGUUUAAGAGCAAAAGUUAAACAAAUUCUCAACAUAAACUUAGUUUCAAGACUAACUGAAAACUAAAAUUUUAGAUUGGGAUGACGAACUUUCGAAUUAUCUUCACCUUGUGGCCAUAUACACCGACAACGGAAAGUAUCUACCACGUGAAGUCAACUGGGAUAACAAUAAAAUAAUAAACGAAAAGUUGACUUCACUUCUUGAAAAAACAGAAUCAGAAACUAAAAUAGGCGACGAUGUUGAGAUCGCUAGGAACUGUGUUCAUGAAGCCAUAAACUUGUUCGACCAAGUGGCCAACUACCAGUUCGUCAAAACUUCUUUGCCAAAGAAGAAACAACAACUGGAGCUGAAGAGGAAUGUGGCCAAGGUUGUGGAUUCUGUUUUACUGGGCUACAAGAGCAUGCUGGAAUCUUUGCCAUGGCUAUCAUCAGAGUCUAAGAAUGUGAGUGGCUUAUAAGUAUUUUUAGAUAAAGGUCGAAGAGUUCACCGACUCUCGGUUUUUAUUUAUCUACAAAGUUAUUUCAGCAAGCCUAUGCCAAGCUCUCUUAUCUGGCCAAAAAUCUUGGCUAUGACAACACUACUGAUAGCAAAAAGGCCCUUCUAAAGUACUACGACACUUUGUACUUUUUUGAUAUAUUGUCUUAUGACGAGACAAUCUUCAGAGUCAACAAUUACAAACAGCAAAAGCUGAUAGAAAAAUUGACUUCAUCAGAGGCACGUCGUGAAGGCUUUGGUAUUAACAUCUUUAAUCCAGUUUUAUCAUACGACGAAGCAACAAAUGGACUUUCAGUACCAUUAGGAGUGUUACAAAGCCCACUGUUUGAUGAAAAUUGGCCUGAGGCUGUCAAAUAUGGCGCUUUUGGAAGUUUGAUAGGAGAAAACGUUCUUUAUGGGUUCAGUAGGUUACUUUCGUGUUUUGGUUUGUAUAUUUUUUUAGUUUGCUUUUUGGCGCGAUAAUUUCAAAAGAUCUGUCUAAUCGUCUUUGACAAAAAUCAUUUCAGACGAUGUGGGUUCUCAAUACGACUACAUAGGCAGCCCUAACUCAUGGCUAGACAAAACAUAUCUCAAAGAGUACAAAAAGAUGGCCAAAUGUGUGGCUCAUCAGUACUCCAACUUCUGUGAAUCAAUCAAUGGCACCAAACAAUGUGUUGAUGGAAAGGCUAAACAACAUGACAUUCUGGCUAACAUCGGAGGUCUACAAGCUGCUUUCCGAGCUUACCGAAACUCGAUUGGAGUUACUGGCUUUGACGAUGCGUUACCUAAUGAACUGAUGGGACAAUAUACUGAAGAUCAGCUGUUCUUCUUGUCUUAUGCAAAGGUUUAUUGUAGAAAACAAGAUAAGCAAUUCAAUGAGGACAAGUACAAGGUAAUGGGAGCUCUACAGAAUUUCCCAGCAUUCAAAGAGGCCUUCAAAUGUCAAGCAAGUGUCUACGCUCCGUCUGAUCAUUGCAACGUGUGGGUAAACGAUAUUGAGCCAUGUAAGUUAUAUAGAUACCAAAUAGUUACUUUUAAGUUUAAAAACAUAUUUUUUAAGAAUAACACAUUCGUAUACCGGAAUAUAACAAAAACAUUUCAGCACUAGCUCUGCCAUCAACGACAACAACUCUACCACCACUAAACAUACCAUUACCACAAAAGUCCGAAGACAAUGACGAUAGCCAAGAAGUGAUCCAACUGUUCCAUUCUACUUUGGAUAUUGAGCAAAGUCCAUGUGACAACUUCUAUGGCUAUGUCUGUAACAAUGUGCCUGACAAAUUUGAAACGGAAGAACAGAAGGCUACAAGAACAUCGUCACAACAUGUAGUAGACACCCUAGAAAACGAAAAUAUUGAGUUUGCGAAGAAACACAUCAUCAAGAGUUACUACGAAGCCUGCAAAGAUACGAAGUCAAGUGACAAACACCGACAACAAUACAUGAUUGAUCUCGUUGACAGCUUCAAAAAUGACAUUGGGUCAGGUUACCCUCUGUUUGCUGUAAAUGGAACUGAUAUUGACAAGAACUUUGCCGAAAAAGCUGUAGCCACCUUGUUCACCAAGUACGAUACAGCUACAUUGUUCUCAAUCACAGUAGAACCCAAUCUGGAGACCAUGGUACCUUACCCAUCGUAUCUACUCAACUUCGACGAUGACAUAUUAAUGUUCCCUCAAGAAUGGCACCAAGAAAGGUACAGAGCUGGUAUGAAGAAGUAUAUUAACCAGCAGGUUUGUGAUGUCUUGAAGCAAUACAUUGAAGUUAUCGACUUUAAAAACGUCAUAGAUAUAGACGAGGCUGCCGAAAGCAUUGUAUACAUUGAAGCUGUAUUGUCAAAGUUUGUGAAGAGGCGAGAUCAAAAAGAGAUUUUGCAAGAAAGACAGAUUGUCAAUACAGUGAACAUACUGCCAGAAGAUUACAAGAAGUUCGACUGGGUUUUAUUCUUCGACCACUUAUUGAAGUCAGCUCCUUCUGCUGUCAGGUCAAAGAUUUUGGCUAAAGAAAACGGAACGGAAACGUUGAGCAAGGAGUACAAGAUCAGUGUCACCAAUUGGGACGGACUCAUUGAUAUUUUAAAGCUGCUGGAAGAUAAAACAUACAGUAUUACACGUGAAAACUUGGUAGAUUACUUCUACUUCAGACUACUGUGGAGUCAAAAGUAAGUUAUCAUAAACAUUUCUUUAGUAAAAUGGUGAAAUAAACAUGAAUAGAAACAACUAAUACACCUAAUAAUAACGGUUAAACUAAUUUUCAGGGAUAUUUUGUCCCCUGCCCCUCAAGGUCAACAACUCUCAUUGGAUUGUGCUCUUGAAUCUCGGAAAUUCAGCAGGCUAAGUGAUCGUGCUUACUUUGAAUCUAGCACGAUUCUUUUCGACAAUAUUAAGAACAAGAUCUCAGCCUUAACAAACACUAUUCUGAAUGUCUUUGUUACCCACAUUCGUCGUGUUUCUUGGCUUCGCGACGAUGCUAAAGCCACAGUCAUUGGCAAGAUCAACAAUAUCGGAGUCAAUGUUGUCGGAGAUGUUGCUGCAAUUCAAGAUGGGGCCAUCGAAGAGUACUUCAAAGAUUAUGACAGUGCUUCUGAAGGUUUUAUGGAUAAAAGAGCUUACUUAAAUGAGUUCAACAAAGGAAAACAGUUUGAGAAACUUCUACAGGAUUCUGUCCGGAAGGAGUUUGAAGGCAGUGCUGUUGAUGUAAGUGGUAAAACACCUUUUUCUGAUAAAAAAAGCAGUAAAACUUUAUAAGAACAAUAAGUGGCUAAUAAAGUGAAUGCGUCUUAGGUUGCCAUCAAAUACGAUCACUUUACAAACAGUUUGACUAUACCUGCAGCUGUUCUGGAGUCCUACUUUAAUCCCAAGUAUCCAAAAGCGGUUAACUUUGGUGCCAUUGGUACAAGAAUCGCUCAUAAACUGGCUCAUUCGCUAGGUAAAAUUACAUUGUCAAUUAUUAUUUUAUCUUUUUCGGACAAAAUUUUGUUAGUUCUUGUUUUUAAACGAAAUGUCAUGAAAUGUGACGAAGUGUCAAUUUUCCCAGUAAAAUUAAAUUUAUAAAAAAUUUGUUAAAAACAACAUAAAUUUUAAUUUUUAGACAAACUUGGUAUUCAAUUGGAUGCUCGUGGCAAGUACGACGAUUGGUCGCGAGACUAUGCCGCUUUUGGAAAUCUUCUGGACUGUUUGAAGAAGCAGUACGGAGAGUUUUGUCCACUGAGAAACACAACUUUUGCUCAGAAAUGUCUAGAUCUGGAUGAAAUUGUGGAUGAAAACAUUGCCGACAAUAUUGGUAAGGAUUUAUUACCUUUUUUUGUUGUUUAAAAAUAUUCUUCAGAAAUUUUGCGUAUUUUAGAGAUAGGCUUAAUGCUUGUAACUUAUUCAUACCUAUUUAGCUUCUCACGUAACCUUGACCGCCUAUCAAUUGUGGAAAGACCAUGAUGGAGAAGAUGCCAGAUUGAACGACAACUUACUAGGCCAGUUUACAGCUGAUCAAAGCUUCUAUUUGAGUUAUGCACGACAGUUUUGUGAGAAUCCCGAGUCUGGUAUUGAUGUGUUUACAAAAUUGACUUUUGAAGACAUUGUGCCGUCUGAAUUUAGAGUUCAAGGAGUUCUACAGAACCAUCGAGCUUUCAGAUCUGCUUUUAAUUGCCCAGCUGACAGUAAAUACAGUGGACAAGCUACCUGUGAUGUGUUUACGGGAGGUAAUGGUAAGAUUGUUUUGUUUUAUUGAAAAUUUGAUUAAGGAAUUUUAAAAUGUGCAACAUGUAUAAAAUACGGUGACGUUAACAAAGUUUUAGGUAAAGUUUACAAAAUUUUAGGCAUAUCAUCUCAACAAACAUCUUUGAACAUUAGAGAAAAGAAGAAGAUUGACAAUAGUUACCCAGAAAGCCAAGUAAAAGCUUACAAGUUGGCUGCUGAGAACUUCAACUACUCUAUGGACUUGACUGCCGAUCCAUGUAACGAUUUCUACAAAUAUUCUUGUGGUAACUACAAAAAGGCUAAGAGUUUUACGAUUUUGAGAGAACAAAACUACCGGAAUCAGGCCAAGGCUAUCAUGAAUAUUGAUCUGGAAAAAGAGGUGAGUAUAGAACAAGUAAUGUCUUUUAAAAAUAUUAUUUCAUUUUUUACCUUAACUGUUAAUCUCACUGUCUUUAGCCUUCCACUGCGUUAAAAAAGCUUCGCCAAUACUACGAUCAGUGCGUUGAAACCUACGAGAACUACGAAGACAGAAUAAAAGAAGGUAAACAGAUCAACGAAGCCAUUAAUCAAUUACAACAAGUUCUCGGUAACAACAACAAGCCUACCAUGUUUUAUAAAAAAGCCCUGCUUCCGGCUACAGCAUCCUUAGAGAAGGCUAUUGCUUACCUUCAAGUAACUGAAGGUAUCCAGACUCUCAUCACAGAAUCUGUAGAAGUUGACGGUGAAGAAGGAGCUGCGGAACCUGGGAAGAAGCCAGAGCUACUCUAUAUGGACGAACCGACUUUGUUAUUGGGCAAGAGUUACUAUCAAGUGGCACCAUGGAAAGACCAAGAAGCCAAGUACAAGAAGGGCAUGUUGAAUACGUUGAAGAAGGCGCUGUUUGUCUACAAGAAACACGAUCCGAACGCUGAUGCUGAUGAGGAGAGGCUUCACAAGUUUGUCGAGGAAUUUACGGACCUGGAAGUCAAAUUAGCGAGAGAAGCAUACGCUACAGAUGAAACUAAACGUAGACAAUAUACUUGUACCAAGUAUAAUAUGGCCGAUCUUAACGUAAAGUUCCCCGGCGUUAAAACUACUGUUUACAUUACCGAGUUAAAGUCGUUGUCUGGAAUUGGUGCUACAGGUAACACAGUGGCCUUUAAAUGGCCAGAAACUUACAAAAAGCUGUGGAGCGAUAUUAAUGGUAAAAGAUUGGCGAGCCACGAAACCAUAGUGAACUACUUGUACAUGAGGUUAAUCAUGGCCAAAGCAGCGUUGAUUCCAACACUAGAAGCUAUGAAGACUUCUGAAUUAAAAAUAACGUUUAAUUCUACCGAACUAUCUAAAACGACAUCAGAAGAUAUCGCUCAAAAGUGUGGCAUGCAAACUCAGAUGAAGAUGAUGUACGCCAAUGGUCGUGCCUUUGCUGAUUACUUAUAUCCGACAGUAACAGACAAGGAAAACGCGCGAAAAGACGUGGAGAAGAUGAUCGACAACAUUCGCCUUCAGUUCCAGGGAAUGUUGGACGAAUUGACGUGGCUGGAUCCAUCUUCUAAACAGUUUUUGACCGACAAAGUUACGAAUCUGCAGAAGAACAUACUGUACCCAAGUUUCUCGCUUGACAACGCAAACUUGGACAAAUAUUACAGUAGUUUCAGUGUGGGUAAAGACUUUUUCGAGACUACGAAAAGAUUGAAUGUUCAUCUGAAGUACCACGAGAUGUUCUACACGACAUCAGAAGGCAAGAACUAUCGUGAUGAUUUCAUUCAAUGGCCUGGUACUGUCAAUGCUUGGUAUGAGGUGAGUGGUUGAUAGAAAGAUGGUCAAAUUAUAAAUAAAAUUACUUAUAUAGUUUAAAUGGAAUUUUAAAAGUUUUGAGGGGUGAAUUACUGUAUCUUUUAUUGGUAACGUAUUGUUUUAGCCCUUCUACAAUUCGUUGACAAUUCCUGAGGGCAUCGUUCAGUCGCCGUUUUACAACCCUGAAUGGCCAACUUCUCUAAACUAUGGAGGCCUUGGUGUUGUUACUGGACAUGAACUAUCGCAUGCGUUUGGUAAGUACAGUUAUUACUUUAUCUAUCACGGCUGUCGCUUGACUGAGGGGAUGGUGUAAAGGAAAAUUAUGGUUUUUUAGGAAGAUAUACUACAGUUAUAAAUUCAGGCCUACUGCUGAAUCUUACGUUCUAAAUAAAAUCUAAUAAUACCCUAUUUUAGACGAUGAAGGCAUCCAAUGGGACGGAAUCGGCCGCCGUAGCAAAACCGGCCUCUCUCCAGAAGCCUACAAGCGGUUCAACGAAAUGGCACAAUGUAUCGUGGACGAAUACGGCUCCUUCGAACCUCUGGAUCCGGCCAAGUAUUCUCCAUCUCAUCUGAAUGGAGCCAACACUCAGGGCGAGAACAUUGCCGACAACGGUGGUAUACACGCCGCGUACCGUGCUUACAAGAAUCACAUCCAACUGAACGGUCAAGAACCUCAGCUGCCCCAUGAUGUGCUACAGUACCUCACGCACGAUCAGCUGUUCUUCUUAUCCUUCGCUCAAGUCUGGUGCCAGGAAGACGCGACUCCAGAAGAGCUACACAAACAGAUUUUGACCGAUCCUCAUUCUCCGUCGGUCUACCGUGUAAUGGGUACGGUCCAGAAUUACCCCGCCUUUAGGGAGGCUUUCAAUUGUCCUGCUAAUGCUCAAUAUACUCCGCUGAAGCAUUGCAGUGUUUGGGUGCCGGAGGGACAGUUGGUAUAG